AUGUUAUAUUUUAUUGAACCUGAGACAUUAUCUUCAACCGAAAAGAGUCCAAAAAUUAAUAUCUGCAUGGUGGAAAAUAUUCUUGCGGAAGAAAAAGCGAGAUUGCAAAGAUGUUAUCAAAUAGAUAGAGAUCAAAAGAGAAAUGUCAACGUACGUGCGGUCAUCAAUCAAAUAGAUAAAAUAAACCAGGAUUAUCGAGAUCAAAUUGAUUCGACCGAUAGCUUAUCAAAAUGUAAUUUGCAAAGACAUCAAGAACAUAGAGAUCUAACCAUAAAUGAAGCCAAUAAUUUACCCAAGGGAAUGAAGAAAGAUUGUUAUUUAACCGAUAGUCUUUCAGAAAAUUUUUAA